GGCAGCCUAACUGCAUUUUCCAAGAAGCCGACGUACAGUGAAUGCGCGCGCAGCCCCUCAAAACGCUAACCAUGGCGUGUUUUCACUGUUUGUAGUCGUUUUUAUUUCCCCUCGGAAUACGCGGAUUUCGGUCGCGCCUUUAAACUCCAAAUGCAACCGACGAACGGUGGCCGUAGUUUGUUUAGUUGACGGUUUCAAUAUUCGCGACAUGGAGCUCAAGCUCCAUUCUCCAGCGGGUGCUGAACCUGUCUUAUACACUUGGCCAUUAACCUCUGGCCGUGGUACUGAUCGACAUGAUGGUGCGCUGGAAAUUGUGGAAACGAUUCGUUGGGUCUGCGAGGACCUCCCAGAGCUCAAACUACCGCUGGAGAAUAACAUCCUCUGCGACUAUGAUACGAGAAGUUAUGAAAGUAUGAAAUUACUUUGUGAUCGGUUUAAUCGCGCGAUUGAUAGCAUUGUUGCAUUGGAGAAGGGAACAUCUUUACCAGCGCAACGGUUAAAUAAAUAUCCAUCUAGAGGUCUGUUGCGUCACAUUCUACAACAAACCUAUAACCAAGCAGUGACAGACCCUGAUAAACUAAAUCAGUAUGAGCCAUUUUCACCGGAAGUGUACGGUGAAACAUCCUACGAUUUAGUUUGUCAAAUGAUCGAUCAGAUCGAUAUCACCCAAGAUGAUAUUUUCAUAGAUUUAGGGUCAGGUGUUGGUCAAGUUGUUCUGCAAAUGGCCGCAGCGACUCCGUGUAAAAUUUGUUUGGGAGUAGAACGCGCUGAAGUUCCGAGUAGAUAUGCAGAAAGUAUGAACAAAAACUUUCGCGCUUGGAUGCAAUGGUACGGAAAGAAAUUUGGGGAUUAUAAGCUAAUUAAGGGGGAUUUUUUAAACGAAGAACAUCGGGAAAAGAUCACCUCUGCCACUAUUGUGUUCGUUAAUAAUUUUGCUUUCGGUCCAAACGUAGAUCAUCAACUAAAAGAAAGAUUUGCCGAUUUAAAAGACGGUGCUAGGAUUGUUUCUUCAAAAAGUUUUUGUCCAUUAAAUUUUCGUAUAACCGAUCGUAACUUAAGCGAUAUCGGUACAAUAAUGCACGUUUCAGAGAUGUCACCAUUGCGAGGUUCCGUUUCUUGGACUGGGAAACCAGUAUCUUAUUAUUUACACAUCAUCGAUCGCACGAAACUCGAACGAUACUUCCAAAGGCUACGUAAUCCAAAGGGAACCGUUAACGAUGACGACAACUCGAACUCGUCUCGCAAUUCCCGCGAGAAAGCCCGCAGAGAUUUAUCGAAAAUAAUGCAGGACUCAUCUUCCGAUUCCGAAUUUUUCGAUCCCGCCGGACCAACAACCAGAAAAGCUUGGUCCGAUUGGUGCUCAAACAAAGGGAAAAGCAGUCAAAGCGAAGACGAGGUCGUCGGAUCCAAGGUUAAACGUCAACCGAAGAAGUUGAGACGAAAAAUCCAACGCGGUGGAAAAGUCCAAGGUGGUAAUAACGCGGUUAAUAAACCUUUGGCGAAACCACGACGGGGACGUGUUCGAAAAACCAAACCAAAGAAAGCAAUUAAAAUUAAUGGACUUGAUUUGUUGCAUAGUCAAACGUUACUGAGCACAUCACCACAAGCAAAUGGUAAAAAAUUGCCACCACCCCCAGGUUGUGUAGAUCAAAAAUUAACAUCUCUAAGCACAGAUAUGGUUCACGAUGAAUUGGAUAUUCCGCCAGCUCCCGAAAAUACACCGUACGCAUUACAAAUUUUAUUAGACAUGUACAGGGCUCAAUAUAUGAGUAUGAUCGAGGAAAUGAAAACGCCUCAAUAUAAAGGUAACGUGGAGAAUUUAAUAACGGAAGAGAAGGAGCGUAAUCAGCGGUUGCAAAACAGGGCGGCUCAACUAGAAAAGCAAAUUAAAGUGUUGAUCGAUGAUAGUGUGGCCUUGUUGAAAGUGAGAAUGAACGAGUUGGGCAUAAACGCGCUAUCACCCGCUGAUUUAUUGGCGAAAGCUAAAGAGAUUGUGAUUAGACACAAAGAUUUGCAAGCGAAGGCGAGUAAAUUGCAAGUUCAAGUUUACGGUUUGGAGCAAGAACAAAAAAAUUUGAUUACGCAGCGCCAACAAGAAAUAACGGAAAAGUACUCUAAACAAGAUCCCACACGAAGAGAUGUUUCUCCACUUGUUCCCGAAGAAUACAUUCUAAGGGAGAUUUCAUCGACGCUGUCUCAAAGGAAAAAGCUACACAAUCAAGUAUCAAUGUUGGAAAACGAAGUGUUGUCUUUAGAAAAAAGCAGCGAGGAAAGGAAACAAGCCCAAGCAUUAAAUGUUCGUCAACAAAACUCGAAGGUGUCAAGAAAAUCGAGAGAUUACAGAACUAGGUCGCAAGAAUGGCCGGAAGUACCCGAUAUGGUUAAGAUCGAGGAACAAAACCCAGAAAUUUUAGCCCAAAAAAUAUUAGAAAAAGGAAGAAUGUUAGAAGCUAGUAAAAUGUCGUCAAAUAAACCGGUUACAAAAAAUCACACGACGAACGGAAAUGGACAAAGAUCAUCUCGGAAUGCAAUGCCAGCUCCUCAAGCUGUUUCAAAACGAGCUAAAUUAAAUAAUUAUCAACAAAAUCCGAUCAACACGAUUAAUACGUCGCGAUCACAAGAACCACCUAGAAUAACAAACUUCGAGGAUCGUUUAAAGAGUAUCAUAACAUCUGUGCUAAAUGAGGACCGGAAACCGCAAAUAUAUAGUCCGACCAGCUCAGGACCUUAUCUUCCACCAAGUAACACCAAUUUACCUAACUUACAUAAUAAUUCUCAGCAAUACACUUAUCAAUACAUUAAAAACGAACCCGAUCAUAAAACAACCAAUAAUCAUAAUAAAUAUAAAUACAACAAAACGGAAACAGUUGUUAAACCGGAAGAAUAUCGUGCUGGAUAUUCGCAACAAGAAGGUUUAGGAUCUGUAAUGGAUAAUUAUCGUGAAACUGGUCAUCGUCAAGAACAACCCGAUUACACACAAGUUUCCCCAGCCAAAUUAGCUUUGAGGCGUCAUUUAUCGCAAGAAAAACUUGCAGCACAACAUCAUACUUAUUCAUCGCAAAAUGAUGGAAUGGUUGCAACACGAACGAUUGGUGAUUUGGUAUCGGGCGAAAUCGAACGUACGUUAGAAAUAUCUAAUCAGUCUAUUAUAAACGCCGCUGUUGAUAUGAGCGAUAUUCAAGGUACAACAACUGUUACUUCCCGUUCGGUUGUUAACGCAAACAUCCCACCGAGACCAGAAAGAGUGAAUGUAAAAGUACACGACACGUUACCGAUCAAUAAAGAAACAGAACCGUUAAGACAAGUAUACAGUCCAAUUUCAAGGCCGUCAUCAACUGAGGGUCUUGAAGGUUUAGCAUACGUUCAUAAUCAUCCAAAACCGCAUCCUUACGCAACACAACCACAAAUAUCACCGAGACAAUCUCAAUUUUCACCAAGAACAACAAUUAUGUAUCCCCCAUCCGUACGUUCUGGAUCAACAAAUUCAAAUUAUUCACAAAAUGAACAAUACACACCAUUACCUCGAGCUGAUUUAAAACCUUAUCAUGAAUCAUACUUUCACACAGAUGUUAAACCGUCUGUUCAACCAGAAACAACAGCGGAACGUUGUAAUUUUGUACCGGAAGGUUUGGCGGCUAGUUUACAAGCUCGCGUUUUAAAUACAACUCAAAUUAAAGAAGAAGUUGAUGCGUUUGAUCGAAGAUAUAUUCCGGGAGCUUUAGUUUAUCAAGAAGGUAGUCAUAUUAAGACCGAAACAGUCCAAAAUGAUUGUCAAUACAAAAGAGAAUCGCCGGUUAUACAAGGUCCGAUUAGGACAACAAUACGAAGAUCUUCUUCAUACGCUGAUAAUCAUAAUCAUCGGAACCCCUCGGAAAAUUCAGCAGGGGACGUUCAUUCGUUACCGUUGGAUGGAGAUGAUAGGAGCAACCCGAUUCAACGAAAAACUCACGACGAAGAUGUUGAAGUUGAAGAAGAACCGGAAGAAUCUAAAUGGCAAGAUCGAAUAUCGUCAGGUUUCGAUCGUUUGGUGGCUUUUGCUUCAACCGAAUUAGAUAAGCGUAGAAGGUCAACGGAGGGCAACGAAAGUUGUAAUACGUCGCCGGAUUCCGGAAUCGGCCUUGAUAUACCAACAGCCCCAUCGACGUCUAUGCCAGCCACAAAACAAAUGUUAAAAUUAAAUCCAAAUGCCAAACCAACGUUAUUUAAGGUGCCUUCAAAUAAAUGUAAGAGUGUCGAAAGCUCGCCGACGUUGGAUCACGGCGAUGAAUUAGGACCGCCGCGGACACCAUCGCCUUCAUCGCCAGCAAAUCUUACGGCUUCGUACAGCCCGGAACUUCCGGUUGUUGCCACGGAAAAAAGUCCCAAUCAAAAUCCGUUAUUAAAGUAUCAAAGGCACGCGGAAGAAAAACGAACGAAACCUGAUCAACAUUAUAAAAAGAAAUUUUAUUAUCGAGAACAUUGGCGGGAUGAUAUAUAUCAAAAAAGUAGCGUAGAGGAAUACGUGGAUGCGCCGAGGGAUAAAUUUAAGCCGAAAGGAAAAGAUUGGAAUUGGCCAAAAGAUUCAGUUAGAGAUGAAAAUUACCAAUCAAAUAAUUGGAAAAAUUAAGUUUGGUUUGUAUGGAAUCUCGAUAAAAAAUAAAACGUUUUCUUUAUUAACUGAA